UGAAUCGUUGAUACACGCGGUGUUCUGAUUGAGUCGAGAAAUGGCACCUACAGGGCAAGAAGUAACAGCUGAGCAUGCUUUUAAUUUGGUUUUCUUUUACUUUUGCAUACUGUCAGGUGAAGUUGUGUUUGGCUCUGGGGAUCGAGUUUGUGACGACAACCGUUUGCGCUGGGACCUCACCCCAGAGCAGAUCAACCAACUCACCGAAGAGCUUAUUGCUAAGACUAAAAAGGUGUAUGACACCGUUGGUGCUCUGGACUUGGACAGUGUCAACUAUGAGAACACCCUAAAGGCCCUUGCUGAUGUGGAAGUAGAGUACACAGUCCAGCGGAACAUGUUGGAUUUUCCUCAGCACGUGUCCUCCAGUAAGGACGUCCGUUCAGCAAGCACUGAGGCUGAUAAGAAGCUGUCAGAGUUUGAUGUGGAGAUGAGCAUGAGAGAAGAUGUUUAUCAGAGAAUCGUGGCUCUAGAGGAGAAGCUGCCAGGAGACAGUUUGUUGCCUGAGGCCAAGCGCUACAUGGAAAGACUUAUAAAGCUUGGCAAGAGAAACGGCCUCCAUCUUCCCAAAGUGACACAGGAGGAGAUCAAAAAGAUCAAGAAGAAACUGAGUACCCUGUGUAUCGAUUUCAACAAACACCUGAAUGAAGAUACAACUUGCCUGCAUUUCUCUCGAGAGGAGCUUGGGGGACUCCCUGAGGAUUUCCUUAACUCUCUGGAAAAGGAUGAGUCUGGAAAACUGAAGCUCACUCUGAAGUAUCCUCAUUAUUUCCCCACCAUGAAAAAAUGCUUCGUCCCCGAGACACGGAAGAAAUUAGAGGAGGCCUUCAACUCGCGCUGCAAAGAGGAGAACUCUGCUAUCCUGAAGGAGCUUGUGAAUUUGCGCUCUCAGAAGAGCAGCCUGCUGGGCUUCAGCACUCAUUCUGACUUUGUUCUUGAAAUGAACAUGGCUAAGUCCUCCAAGAAGGUUUCCACUUUUCUCGAGGACCUUUCCCAUAAGCUAAAGCCCCUAGGUGAGAAGGAGAGGGCUGUAAUCCUGAAGCUGAAGGAACAGGAGAGCCAGAAGAGAAAUCUGCCCUUCACUGGAGAACUUUAUGCAUGGGACACGCGCUACUACAUGACCCAGGUGGAGGAGACCCAGUAUGCAGUGGAUCAGAACCAGCUGAAGGAGUAUUUUCCAAUGGAGGUGGUUACCAAAGGCCUGCUGGACAUCUAUCAGGAGCUGCUAAACCUCACAUUUCAGAAAGUAGAGGGCGCUCCAGUCUGGCAUGACGAUGUGUCGCUAUACAGUGUUAAAGACCGAACAUCUGGACAGGUGGUGGGCCAGUUUUAUCUGGAUCUAUUCCCCAGGGAGGGUAAAUACGGACAUGCCGCAUGCUUUGGCUUGCAGCCUGGCUGCUUGCUCCCAAACGGGACCCGGCAGAUGGCCGUGGCUGCCAUGGUGGCUAAUUUCAGCAAGCCCACCGCAGAUGCACCAUCUCUGCUGCAGCAUGAUGAAGUGGAAACGUACUUCCAUGAGUUUGGACAUGUGAUGCAUCAGCUUUGUGCUCAGUCUGAUUUUGCAAUGUUCAGCGGGACUCACGUAGAGAGGGAUUUUGUUGAAGCUCCAUCUCAGAUGUUGGAGAACUGGGUCUGGGAGAAGGAGCCCAUUCAGCGCAUGUCCAAGCACUACAAAACAGGAAACCCAAUUCCAGAGGAGCUUCUGGAUAAGCUCAUUAAAUCCAGACUCGCUAACACUGGGUUGUUUAACUUGAGGCAGAUUGUUCUGGCUAAGGUGGACCAGGCGUUGCACACAAAGACUGGGCUUGACCCAGCUGAAGAAUAUGCCAGACUCUGCUUGGACAUCCUGGGAAUUCCUUCUUCACCAGGGACAAACAUGCCUGCCACAUUUGGUCACCUAGCAGGAGGGUAUGAUGCUCAGUACUAUGGCUACUUGUGGAGUGAGGUGUUCUCCAUGGACAUGUUCUAUGCCCGUUUCAAACAAGAAGGUGUUAUGGACCCUAAGGUGGGUCUGGACUACAGGAAGUGCAUUCUGAAGCCAGGAGGCUCUGAGGAUGCUGCUGACAUGCUAAAGAAGUUUCUGGGAAGAGAACCCAAGCAGGAUGCUUUCCUCCUUAGCAAAGGGCUCACGGCUGAUGUGGAGUCUGGCACCCCCUGCGCCUGCUGACCGCCUGAACGCUAGGCCAAGUUAUAAAACCUCAGACUGAUACCUCUCAAAAACCCUAAAAAGCUCAUUCACUUAUCACCACCUCUCCCGAAUCACACUUCUGCAAAGAGCUUUCACUAUGGAUGUAUGAAACCUUGUUUUAGAUUUGAAAAUUGUAUUGAAAUCUGUCUCCUAAAAGAAAAAAAAUCUUCAAAUGA